AUGCCUAACCUUUCCACCCUUGCUCUGCCAAAUCUCAAGAAUUAUCCGUACUGCAAAAUAAAUAUUUAUGGCCUGGUCCCUACGUGUAUUGUCCGUCUAUAUGGAGGGCAAGUUACCUCUUGGAAGAAUGAGCAGGGGGAUGAGUUACUUUUUGUAAGCAGCAAGGCAGUUUUCAAGUCUCCAGGAGCAAUUCGUGGUGGCAUACCCAUCUGCUUUCCCCAGUUUGGAACACAUGGAAAUCUUGAAAAACAUGGAUUUGCAAGGAACCGGCUAUGGCUCGUUGAUGAUAAUCCUCCACCACUCCCAGUAAACAGCGGUAUUAAAACUUAUGCAGAUCUCAUUCUGAAGCCUUCUGAAGAAGAUCUCAAGAUCUGGCCUCACAGAUUUGAAUUCCGGUUAAGAGUUGCUCUUGGACCCAAAGGAGAUUUGUUUCUUACUUCCCGAAUUAGAAACACCAACACUGAUGGAAAACCUUUCUCAUUUACAUUUGCAUAUCAUACAUACUUCUCCGUGUCUGACAUAAGCGAAGUACGUAUUGAAGGGCUGGAAACAAUGGACUACUUUGACAACCUGAAGGGAAAAGAGCGAUUCACAGAGCAGGGGGAUGCUCUUGUGUUUGAAUCAGAGAUUGAUAAAGUAUAUCUGGACACACCACCAAAAAUUGCAAUUAUUGAUCAUGAGAAGAAAAGAACAUUUGUGCUUAGGAAAGAUGGGCUUCCAGAUGCUGUUGUAUGGAACCCAUGGGAGAGGAGGUCAAAAACCAUUCUUGAUUUUGGUGAUGAAGAAUAUAAGCACAUGUUGUGUGUGGAGCCUGCAGCUGUUGAGAAGCCCAUUACCUUGAAGCCUGGUGAAGAGUGGAAAGGAAGGUUGGAGCUCUCAGCUGUUCCUUCCAGUUACUAUAGUGGUCAGUUAGAUCCAGACAAGGUUCUUCAUGGUUGA